AUGAUAGCGAAUAUAUUUAAGAACGGCUCAUAUAAUCAUGAAAUAAAAAUGGAAUUAGUCAGUAUACUACGGGAUUAUUACGGAUUUGAUCCAAUAAAUCCGAGCAUAAUCGAAAGAGUGAAUAAUAUAAGCGAAAAAUUAAUGAGAAGAAUGAUUUUUAAUGAGGUGUUGACUGGAGAGGAGUGUAAGAGGCUGAAUGAUGAUACGAAGGCAAUACAGGAUUUCAUGAAUGAGGAGGAUAGGAGAUGUUUGAAGGGCAUACUGGUGUAUCUAGAAGAUCAAGAAAAAAAUGAUGUGAUUAACAGUACUGGUAUGGUGAUAAUUGAUAUUGAAGCAUCACAGGCAGAAAUUGAAAGUGCUGCUGAUGUAAGCUGGUAG